CAGUCACACGCUUUCUAGUUUAAGAAGCUACCGCUGAAAGCGCUUUGUAUACAAAUGAGUCAAACGACCAUUGACCACGUAGCAACGCAAGUCUCAACGUAAGUUCAUCGUACACACUAGCUAGCUAGCUACACACUGAGUACACAUCGUAGAUUCGUCGUCAGUUCAUGCAAACUGGUAAUUAUUUAAUCAAGUGGUACCCAACUGACAAAAUGCAUCCCUGUGAAAACUUCAAGUUCUGUGGCAGAACUUUUGAAAAACGGUUAAAGAUGCACAAUCAUUAUAAGAAUUGCAUGAUUGAACGUGUUUGUCCGAUAUGCCGCACUCGACCGAGGUUCAAGUCAGAGUCUGGCUUCCGUAACCAUGCACUAAUGCACAAGCGAAAUGUACAGCCAUUGAUUUUUGGUAUCGGUCGGCCUACCUCUACUGAGCCGAUUAAUGGAAUGGAAGUCGUUCCAAAGGAAAUCCCAAUUCCGAAAUCCAGCAACGUCCAGGAAACAACAACAGAAAACGACGAUGAUGUGGAAGUCAUUCCAGAGGAAAUCCCAAUUCCGGAAUCCAGCAAGGUCCAGGAAACAACAAAAAAAGAAAGCGACAACGAUGGACAUUUUUCCAGGGAUGAAGUAUUGGUGAGGAUUGAAAAAUUGAAUUCCACCUACAAUAAUUUCAUGGAGCAUUCAGCUGUUAUUGCCAAAAACUUGCGGCUGAAGGAAGAAAGACAGGAAAAAAGACUCACUCAAUUACAAAAUUCAUUAGAGAAGAUAAGAGCACUGAGAAAUGCGCAGAAGAACAAAAUUGGGCAAUUUUUGAGGAAGAGGCGCAAGAUGGAGUCCGCUACAGAACAGCCUUGUUGCGCGAAGAUCAAGUUCAUCCCGCACUCUUAGAAGCUUACC